AUGGAAUACGAUACUAAGACAACGCCGUACAAGACCUCCGAUAAGUCUUCUUUCGCGUAUGUUUCCACACAAGCUAUUGACGAUGUUUUCCGACAUACUAUGGCCUCAAAGGACCCUGAGCAUACGAAAGAAGGAAAGACAAUCGUUGAGCAACUUGCCAAGAUGAAAUAUGAGAUGCAACACGAUCGGGUGGUUACACCCUUAGAAGAUGACGGCGAAGAAGAUAUCAAGGAUUACAACAAGGAACUAGAACAGCUUGGUAACCCCAAGUGGUUUGAGGCCCCCUGGUUGUUUAUUGAAUGCUACUUUUACCGUCGAAUUCAAGUCUCAAUGAACCUAACAAAGACCUGGAAAUCACACGACGUUUUCCACCUCCAAAAGAACGACACAUUCAAGUCCUCUCUCGCCGCAGUUCUCGAGCUAGCUUCAAAAUACCGUCGGAUUGUCGAAGGACCUUCCGCCGCCGAAGAACUUACCCCUGAACAGGUCGCCGAGAAAGAAAAAUUGCUGUUCAUCGAGAUGGCAGAGAUCUGCCUCUGGGGAAAUGCCACAGAUCUGAGUCUGUUGACCAGUUUAUCCUACGAAGAUAUCCAGAAACUCCAAGGAAGUGAGGCACGGAAAAACAGUGAAAAGAACAUCCUUGUCAAUGAUCUUUCGGAUGUUUACGAAAUGCUCCUGAAGCAGAAGAAUGAGGGCAAGAAAGAGCGAAGAGUAGACAUUGUCCUUGAUAAUUCUGGGUUCGAGCUUUUCGUAGACUUGAUCUUGGGAGGUUAUCUUCUCUACGCCGGACUGGCGACAGAGAUUGUGUUCCACCCCAAGAGUCUUCCGUGGUUCGUCAGUGAUGUCUUGCCAAAGGAUUUUGCCGAUCUUUUGAACGCUCUACACGAUCCUGUGGCCUACUUCUCUUCUUCAGAGGAGCCUGAAAAUAACAAGGAGAAGAAGGUUGAAUCCCUGAGCGAUUCUCAGAAAUCAGACCUCGAAUCCUUGUUUUCUCACUGGAGUAAAUUCCACGCCGACGGCAAGUUUGUACUCCGUCCUAAUAGGUUCUGGACGGCUGGUGGCUCCUACUGGCGUCUGCCAAAGACUGCUCCAGAACUCUUUGAAGACCUGCAGAAAUCGGAACUAGUCAUUUUCAAGGGAGACCUCAAUUACCGAAAACUCACCGGUGACGCCGACUGGAAUCCUACAACGAAGUUUGAGGAGGCUAUCGGGCCAUUGGGAGAGGUUGGGAGCGGCAUCAGAGUACUUGCACUUAGAACCUGUAAGGCCGAUGUUGUUGUGGGACUUCCUGAAGGGAAGGAUGAGGAGUUGAGGGCCGGUGACGCAGCGGGUGAGGGAAGAAAGUGGGCAUGGAGCGGUAAAUGGGCCGUGGUCGAAUUCUGGGACGGGAAGGCGUAA